AUGCGGAACCUCUCGAGCCCAGCCAUGGUGAACCCACCGUGUACUUCGACAUCACCGUCAGGGCGAUCAUCCUUGGGCCGUGUCUCCUUUGAGCUGUUUGUGGACAAAGUUCCAAAGACAACAGAAAAUUUUCCUGCUCUGAGCACUAGGGAGAAAGGAUUUGGUUAUAAAGGUUCCUGCUUUCACAGGAUUAUUUCGGGAUUUAUGUCCCAGGGUGGUGGCUUCACACGCCAUAAUGACACAGAUGGCGAGUCCACCUAUGGGGAGAAAUUUGAUGAUGAGAAUUUCAUCCUGAAGCACAUGGGUCCUGGCGUCACGUCCGUGGCAAAUGCUGGACCCAACACAAACGGUUCCCAGUUUUCCAUCUGUACUGCCAAGACUGAGUGGUGGGAUGGCAAGCACGUGGUCUUCAGCCAGGUGAAAGAGGGCAUGGCUAAUGACAGCCAUGGAGUGUCAGGUCCAGGAACGGCAAGAUUACCGAGAAGAUCACCAUUGCUGACAGUGGACAACUCUAAUAAAUUUGACUUGUGUUUUAUCUUAACUACCAGACCAUUCUUUCUGUAG